AUGAGUUGGGGAAGUGGAUAUGACACAUCAGUUAAGAAAUUAAAAGUACAAGUUCAACAUUUACAAGAGUUAUUGCAAAUGGAACGAAAAGCAAAUAUAAGAAAAUUAAAUCGUGAGAACAAUAGUAGUAAUAAACAUGAUAAACUUUGUAAUCAGAUUGAGUUUUUAACUAGAGAAAAUAUUAAGUUGAAAUCGGAACUAAUUAUUUCUGAGGAGAUUAGGAAAUUGACACAUGAUAACACAUUAAAAAUUUUACAAAAAGCAAACAAAUCCAGUUUAAUAAUAGACAAUAGUGACAUAGUUGAAAUAAAAAAAUCAAUCACUGAUAAAGAAAUGGAGAUUAACAUGUUGAAAGGAAAAUGUAUAGGACUUGAAAGUGUGAUUAAGAAGCAACGUGAAUUGUUAACAUCAAUUAUUCCGUCAGUUUUUAAUGGUAGUAAUGAUGGUGGGUAUUCAUUAAAAAAUGUUAACAAAGUUCUUUCCAUUAGAAAGGAAGAGGAAGUUGAUGAUCCUAUAAUAGCUGAAGAGGUAAAUGAAAACAUGUUGAAACAUUUCAAUCAAUUAAAAGAAGAAAAUACAAUAUUUAGAAAAGCAUUCAAUUCAUAUAAUCAACAACAAUAUGAACAACCAAAUCAAAAAUAUAAAACUAGCGGUACUAAUAAUAAUAUAAAUUCAUUAACAGUUGAUGUUCUAACAUCUAAAAUAACAGAAAUGGAAACACAAUUAUUAAAUCGAGAAAAGAAAUUACAAGAAGUUAUUGAUGAGAUCAAAAGACGUGGUGAAGUACAAAUAGAAAGGUUAAAAUCAAAAUGGAAUCUCAAUUCAUAA